AUCAAUUUUCAAGAAUUUGUAACAAUAAAAAUUUGCAAUUUAUCAAAUACUUAAUCUCUAACAUUAUUUGAUCCUAUAAUUCAUUGUUCUCGUUGAUAUUAGUCCAUAGUAGUGCCAUUAUUAGAUAAAGUGGUCACCAACAUGGCACCCGAUUUCAGGAAGAAAGCAGUUUCUGCAGUCGGUGGAUCAGAUUAUGAAGUGAUGCUGUUAACGUUGUUUGCUGCAGGAGGACUCCACGAAUAUCGAGACCACAAUUGGAGAUUGUCAAAUGAAAACACAAAAGCUGGAAAAUUCGAAGAUUUGAUAUUCGAAACAGAAUUUGGCGACAUCCUUCUUCAAGCUAAACAUAAGGAGAACGGCACACUAAACGAUAACGAUUUUUUAUCAGUUCAUUCUUCCAAUCCUUUUAGCUUGGCCAAAUAUAUUCUUUCUUUUAAACAAGAUAUUAAAGAUUUCAAGAAUGAGUCUUUGAUACUCUGCACUAACAGUCAACUAAAUAAAAAAACUGAAUUAUUUGAUAAUGGUUCUUCCGAAGAAUACCAGAUUAUUUCUAAAAUAUGUAUAGAUGUCCAAAUGUAUAAACUGAGGCAUGAAACAUUAAUAGAAACAUUGCUAAACGCGGUUACAGAAUACAAAAAUAAGCUGAAAGAGGGUCAAGAAUUUAAAGAUGUAGUGGUAGAUAAAGGUGAUAUAGAAUUUUUUGUAAAAAAGUUUGUAUGUAUUGUUCUUCCAGAUGGUACUAUUGAAAAUUCUAUUAGAUGUCGACUAGAUAGUUUUGAGAAACAGUACAACAUUUCUACUAGUUACAAAUAUGUAACAGAUCAGAUAAAAAAUUGGUAUUCAGAAAAGCCAUCUAAAGCGUGUUACAUGACGAACGACUACUUUAAAUCAAUUUUAUACUCAGAAUGUAGCAAAAAAUAUAUAGAAUCUUUUUUAAGUGAGACAAUCGAGUUUGAAAGCACUUAUAAGUUUUCGGAAUUUAAUUUAGUGUUAGGUGAAGCCAUAAAUCUGAAAAUCAUUAAAAUAUUUCACAGUUUGGGACUUACCUAUUCUACGCCGGGUAUGCUGAAAGAAAACCUCUAUAAUAAAAUCCUAUUUUUCAGAGUAAACAGUUGUUUAAAAUUGGUACAAGAGUUUAUUAAUUGUUUUUACAUAAAUAAAUACAAAUAUUUAAUAGUUCUAUUUGAUGACGCUAAAAGCUCCGAUGUCUUAGAGUUCUGCGGUAAAGUUAAACUUGAAAUGAGUAAAUUAAAACAUGGAAAUUCAAAAACUAUAAUAUAUGUUUUAAAUAAGCAAAGUUUGAUUAAAGACAAUUCCUUUCAUACAUUUUGUGAGCCGCUUUCGUUAAAUGACUUUACAUAUAACACAAAAAAUUAUUUUCUUCAAAAGAAAAUAAUAUUUCAAGGAUUACCUACAAAUCUCAACACCUUUGUUGAUUUUGUCGAUGAAAAGUUACUGUCUGAUCUCUAUAGUGUCGAAGAAUACAAUAUUGGAGAACCUUUAAAAAAGUUGGGUGAAAUAUCAAACUAUUAUAUCAAAAGAACAUUAAAUACCAUGUAUAGUUCUAUCAAUGAAGACGAACUGUUAGAAAAGUGCGAAGAAAAAUUUUUGGUUAUUUCCGAUCAACCAGGUUCGGGAAAAAGUACUCUAUUGGUAGAAAUGGCUAAUAAUUUAAAAACAUUAAAUCCUCAACAUUGGAUUUUGCCUUUGAAUUUAAAAACAACGGUAAGAUACCUUAAUCAAAAGGAGUAUAUAUCUUUAUUUGAGGCUCUAGACACUCUAGAGCAAUACUGUAAAAAUGAAUUUGAAAGAAGAUUAUUAAGGCACUUGCCAAAAGUAAUUAUAGUUGACGGAAUUGACGAAAUAAGCGAAAAAGACAGAAAAGCUCUAAUUUUUUUCCUUAACAAGGUAUCACUUUUAGAUGAAGAUGUUGUAAAAAUACUUGUUACAACCAGAAAUUACACAUUUAUCUUAGAAGAAUUUGCAACUAUAAAUGAUUUGUUAAUUUUAACACUGCAGGAAUUUUCAGAAAAAGAUCAAAUAGAAUUUUUUGAAAAGUACUUUUAUUUUAAGCAAAAAUUUGAUAAAGUAGAUAUUCCAAAAUUCAUAAAAACUUUACCAGAUGUACUUUUACACUUUCUAAGUAUACCUCUUUAUACUGAAAUGGUGGCAGAUAUCGUCUUUGACAAAAUUUGUGAAGGAACUACUUCAUUUAAAAGUUUAGAGUUUAAACACAAUAACACUUAUGAACUAUUUGAACUCUUUUUGCAAAGGAAACGAGAUGUUUUUGUACGUACUAAAAGUAAUUCUAAUAACGAUUCUGUAUUGUGUAUAAUACUGGAUGAUUGCUUUCGACGGUACUUGGAAGAUCUUGAAAUUCACGCAAUAAAAACAAAUUUUAACGAUACAAAAUUUUUAAAAUUGCUUAAUGUUGAUGUAAAUCAAUAUAUAGAGAAAACUGUGUUACAUGUAGGAAUCUUGGAACAUACACAAAACAAUAUAAUAUUUGUACAUAAGGCAUUUGAAGAAUUUUUUGUAGCACGAUAUAUAUGGAAGCAAUUGAAAAAUAAUGAAAAUAAUGAGGAACUAUUUUUAUUCAUAUAUCAGGAAAUAUUUUUAAGGAUAGAAAAACAAAAUAUAUGUCAUUUUAUCGACUGUAUUUUGGAGCAGGAACAGGAUACUCAAAAAAAUGAUCAAAUUUCGCAGAACUUUGGAAAUAUUCUAGAAAACCUUUGGAUCUCUUCGCGGGAACAAAAUAAAAAUAUUAUGAACCUAGCUUCCCAGGGGUCAGUUAAUAUUUUAAAACUGUUACUUGAAAAUUGUAAAACAGUUCCUGAUUUUAUUAAUAACAGGGGCAAACAUGGAGAGACAGCUGUACUUUUAGCAGGUCAUCAUCUACCAACCAUUGAAUACUUGGUAAAAAAGGGAGCGGAUAUUUCUGCGAAAGAUAAUAAUGGUUUUACAAUACUUCAUUAUGCAACAACACAAUUUUCAAGUUUUGAAGACUUCGAGUCGCAGCUAUCUGCACUUAGUAGUUCUCUACAUUACCGACAAAUGAUGAUCCAUAUACAGUCGGUACGUACUAAUCUAUACAUGUACAAAGAACUGGAUACUUAUAUAAAACGUUUGGGUUCGCAGCAUCAGAAAAGCUUAAUUCUGAGACGAGAAGAAAAUAAUUUUAAUAAAAUAGCAGAUUACUGCCAAAGCAAAGGAAUUGAUUUUAAUAAAGCAACGAACAUAGGGACUUCCAUCUUACAUUAUGUAGCGUACUGCGGUAGAUACAAAGAAUUUAAAUAUUUGAUAACAGAAGAAGCGUCAAUAUUUCAUAAAGACUCUUAUAAAAAUAACACAGUACAUUACGCAGUGCUUGGAGGAAAUGUAAGUAUCCUCCAUUUUUUAUAUAAGAAAAACAUAAAUCUUAAUGAAAAAAAUUCAAAUGGAGUAGCGCCGAUACAUUUUAUUCCUAUUGGCAAUUCAAUUGACGUAGCUAAUUUUUUUAUUAGUAUUAAAGAUAAAGUCAAGAUUGAUACGGAAGACUUUUUCGGCAGAAACUUACUUUUUUAUAUUAAUUCUGCUACCUCGCUAGAAUUAGUUCAAUUAUUGAUUAAUUGCGGCAUAGAUGUUAACCAACGAAGUUCUGAUUUACGAUAUAAUAUAUUGCAUAUGGCUGCGUAUACGGGUGCCCUUGAAAUUGUUAAAUAUUUGAUGAAUGCAUACCCUAAUCUAUAUUGUGCUGACAAAAUUGGACAGUUUCCAGAACAUUACGCGGCUGAAGGUGAUUCUGUAAAUGUGUUAAAAUAUUUUCUAAAGGCAAAAUCAGAUAUAACCACUCUUAUCGACUUAAGGGGGCAAUCGGUUCUUCAUUUGGCUGCUGUAGGAGAUUCUCUAAAUGCAGUUAAGUAUUUAGUAGAGGUAUUGGGAAUGAAUCCUGAUCUUACAGAUUUCGCUUUAAGAACAGCCGUUCAUUGUGCUGCUGCAGCUGAUUCUAGAAAAGUUAUAGAAUAUUUUAUAACACGAAACGUUAACUUAAACUUACGUGAUGACAUAGGAGCUACAGUUUUGCACUAUGCAGCAGGCAGCAAUUCUCGUGCUGUAUUUGAGUACCUAUAUCACCAAGAAAACUUGGAUAAAUCUGCUGUUGACUAUAAUGGAAAUCACUGCUUACAUUACUCUGUCAAAUCUAAUACAUUAAAAAUAUUGUCAUUCUUGUUAGAGUCUGGAGUGAAUUAUAAAGUAGUUGAUUACCAAGAUAAUAAUAUCCUACACACAGCCUCAAGUUGUAACGCUUUAGAAACUACGCAGUAUAUUUUUGACAAUUAUCCAGAUUUGUACGUGCAAAACAAAUCUGACAAAUUACCUCUUCAUUAUGCCGUUGAAGUAGAUGCUUUAAAUAUAGUUAAAUAUUAUAUCAAGAAAGGUAAAAAUCAUGCUAUUUUAUUAAAGAAUAAAGUCAAUAUUCUGCAUCUGGCAUCGAGCAAAAAUGCUAUUAACGUCUUUAUGUUUUUAAUCGAAGACUUAAAUAUGGAUCCAAAAAUAGGUAAUCAAGAUGGAAAAUUUUGUAUUCAUUAUGCUGCCGAGAACGAUGCUUUCGAAAUAAUCAGAUAUUUAGAGUUAAGAGGAUUUAAAUUUACUGAUACUGAUUUAAACGGUUGCAAUGUCUUACAUCAUGCGGCUUCUGGAAAUGCUAUUAAAUCUUUAGAAUAUUUUACAAACGAAAAAUACAUGCCACUUUUAACACCAGAUAAAGGUGGGAAACUACCACUUCAUUACGCUUGUCGAAAUAAUAAUUUAAAUGUUGUCAAAUAUUGGCUGCAAUCAGGAUUACCAAUCGAUAUUUCCGAUUAUCGAAAAAACAAUGUUUUACACUGGUGUGCCAUUGGAAACGCUUUGGAGACUUUAAGAUUUUUAAUAAAGCAAUGCCACUUUGACAAACUACAGUAUAAAGAUAUUAACGGAAAAAUGCCUCUUCAUCUUGCAGUGGAGUAUGAUUCUGUCGAGGUCCUGGAUUUUAUACUCAACUAUGAUAUCUUUACGGUUAUAGAUCAAGAUGGUAAUACCUUACUUCACAUUGCUGCACAAUAUGAUUCAAUUAAAGUCAUUAAAUAUUUACUAAAUGAGCAGGGUAUAUACAAUUACUUAAACAACAAUUUAAGUUAUUUAUUUAAUCUCCACCAGAAAACUCCCAUUGACAUUGCAAUCAUGAACAAGUCUCAAAAGAUAAUGGAAUAUUUUAAUAUAAACCAAACGGAGAAACGUAAAUAUUGUGCUGUUAUGUAAGAAAAGGGUAUGAGUUCUGAUAUAAUGGAUCUUGUUUGCUUUUUUCUCUAUGUUCGGCUGCUCCAAGAGUUACGCAAAACGAUGGCUGAAAUAUUUUGAAUUUGGUUGGACUAUCUGGUAGAUGAUCGUCCUCUUAACUACGUGACCACAGAAUUGUAAAAUUCAGAAUUUUUCAAUGAAAACAUUUCGUUUAUAAAUUCGCAAAAGUCUGUGUGUUAUUGCGUUGCCGCUCCUGCAAUACUCAGAUCAGAUUUAUCGAUGGAUUCUUAUGUAGUUUUUUCUUCUGAAUCCAAAUCUGAAAACGGCAUUUCGAUAUUCCUAACCGUCUUCGAGAUAAUCGACCCCAAAAUGUAAAAUGUGACGUCAAAAUCAGGUUAUUUUCUUCCGACACACUACACGUCCAGCUGAAAUCGCUGCUAUUAAGUAGGCUAGUUUUUUAAUCUCGAUUUGAUAAGCAAAGCAUAAUAGGUUAUUUACAUUUGAGUUUGACACUUCGUGAAUGUCAAACUAAAUUUUAAAUUAAGUAUUAAUAAAACAUUAAUGACAUUUAAUAGUGAAUUUAAUUAUUAUAUAAAAUAAAUAAGGUGUCCAAAAAUACAAUUUGAGUAUAUUUUAAAAGCAAUAAUUUAUUAACAGCUUCAAAAAGGUUUAUACGAGUAUGCGGCCUCCCCUUUAUGAUAAAUGGACUGUUCCAUUUGCUAUGAAAUUAAAAUAUAGUCGGUUCGCUAAACUCGACACAACUGGCUAGUGAUUUUAGUAGGUAAG